GCAAACAGUGAAACCAAUGGUGUGGUCGCUGCAGAGUCACAUGGUGACCGAGUGACACACCUGUGUGGAGCAGUGAGGGCCUCGCAGUUGUGCCAGGAGCAGGUGGAGCAAAAGGUGCACGCCGAGGCUGCAGGGCACAGGUACGGUACAUGUGCGCGCAAACACAGCCUCGGGUCCUCGGCAGCCAUGAAUCGGGAAGAUCAUUACUACCCUUCGCAGGUUUUUAAAGACUCCUGUGCCUACCAGAGAUCACAGGGCGAGGACUACAGCCACAGCCCGCCGCCCUGCCUCUACAUGAGCAGGCAGGUCCAUUCCGUCUACACACCGCCGUCCAUGGGAGCCUUGGAGCCGGCCAGCCUUCCUGACAUUGCCCCUGCGUACAGUCUACCUAUGCGGGAGGAUCCAGGUGUUCCUCAGCUCCACCACCCGCAGGGGCUCCAGCAGCAGCCUCUCCAGCCUACAGCAGGUUAUGGAGACACGGGGGAACAGAACAGAUAUCAUCUCCCUUUCCCCUGGAUGAAAACCACAAAAUCCCACUCACACACCUGGAAGGGACAGUGGGCAGGACCUUAUGUGAUGGCGGAGACUGAGGAAAACAAACGCACGAGGACAGCUUACACGCGCGCCCAGCUGCUGGAGCUCGAGAAGGAGUUCCUGUUCAACCGCUACAUCUCGAGGCCGCGCCGCGUGGAGCUGGCACUGACCCUGAGCCUCACCGAGCGCCACAUCAAGAUCUGGUUUCAGAACCGGCGCAUGAAAUGGAAGAAGGAAGAGGACCGGAGGAGGGCGAGGGGCGUCGAUCCGGACCAGGACUCCUCCAUCACCUCUGGAGACCAAGCGGAGGCUGCGGGCGGGGUCCCUCACAUCACUACGCCCCCUGUUUCCCCGCUACACGGCCACACUCUGUCCGCCACUGGCUCCAGAGAGCCCGCGUAGACCCACAGCAGGCGCUUAUUCUCAAGACUGGCAACUAAACUCAUAUUGCACGACGGAAAACCAACAGAAAUAGACCAGCACAAGACCUACAUUUGAUAGACCCCCAUCUGAGUGGAUAUUUUAGGAAGCUUUAGGGUGGAAAAAGUGAAACCGCUUUAUCCCAGAAUUAGGAUGUGAAAUGGCAUUUAACUAAAAUUCUCAUUUUUCCAGGGACCCCUUUAACCUCCCUUAAGGAUCAUCGCAGCCACUUUUUAUUGG